AUGAGACUCAGAGAUGAGGAUGAUGAUGAGAGCAACAAUGAUCUUAGAUUGUUUGCUGAAUGGAUUCUUGCAAUAGGAGAUGAUAAAUGUGGAACAUCGAUUGAGGGGAUAGAGAAGAUUCAAAUCCCCAAUGAUAUUCUUAUUGAAAAGUGGGACGACUCUAUACUUGAAAUUUGCAAAGCAACAUACCUUGAAUUGUUUGGGUGUUCCAAUAAUAUAGCACACAUUAAGGACAAAGCCAUUCUUGCACCUACACUUCAAAUGGUGGAUGAAAUAAAUAGUUUCAUGAUGAAUCUGAAUCCCGGAGAAGCCAAAAUUUAUUAUAGUUCUGACACAUGUCAAAAUAAUGCAAACAAUGAUAUAUUGGCAUCAGUACAUACACCAGAUAGUCUUAACACCAUCAGAUGCUCCGGAAUUUCUAACCAUAAGUUGACACUCAAAGUAGGGACCCCGAUUAUGUUGUUAAGGAAUAUAGACCACUCCGCAGGUCUAUGUAAUGGUACUAGGUUAGUGGUAACUAAAUUGAGAAACCACAUCAUUGAAGCAAGAAGCCUAACAGGGAACGACAUGGAGCAGAAAGUCUUUAUUCCGCGGAUGACGCUAACUCCAUCUGAUCAUAGGAUACCAUUCAGUUUCUAA